CCCAAGUGAACCCCUUGGUAAAGUGUCCUAAGAAACCAGCAUGGUGUGAGAAGCUGCUAGUUCUAUUGUUUCAUUCUAACCUGCAGUGCCUUCUCCUCCCACCUCAUCACAUUUCUUUCCAUUCAUUCAUAUUAUUUUCCCACUAUUUGAUCGUUAUUUGUCUGAAAUAACUGGUACAUCCCUAGGGGCUUAAGAAAAGCUAGGGAUGGCUGACAAGAAGCAACCUGGCCGGCAGAAUGAAGAAGAGGUCCCAUCUUUCUUCAAGAACCUUGGAUCUGGUAGCCCCAAACCCAGGCAGAAAUUUUGUGGUAUGUUCUGCCCAGUGGAAGGCUCAUCUGAGAAUAAAACCAUUAAUUUUGGCUCUCUGUCUGCUGGAAAAGGGAAUGGAAAAGUAAUUGCCCAACAAAAGGACCUGGCAGCUCACAGCAACCCAAGGGAAAUCAUGGCAGAGACACCUGGAGACCAGGAAAGAAAGGUGGAAAUCAAGUGCUCAUAUGGGAAAGAAGCCCUUCAAAACCUCAAUGACAAGAGUGACCGGCUUCUAAUUAAAGGUGGUAAAAUAGUCAACGAUGACCAAUCCUUUUAUGCUGACAUUUACAUGGAGGAUGGAUUAAUUAAGCAGAUUGGCGAGAACCUUAUUGUACCGGGAGGUGUGAAGACCAUCGAGGCUCAUGGCAGAAUGGUUAUCCCAGGUGGCAUUGAUGUCCAUACCCGCUUCCAAAAGCCCUGUAACGGCAUGAUCUCUGCUGAUGAUUUUCAUCAAGGAACCAAAGCAGCACUGGCUGGAGGAUCAACUAUGAUCAUUGACCAUGUUGUGCCAGAGCCUGGGACCAGCCUGCUAAGCGCCUUUGACCAGUGGCGGGAAUGGGCAGACAGCAAAUCAUGUUGUGACUACUCUUUGCACGUGGACAUAACUGAAUGGCACAAGGGUGUGCAAGAGGAGAUGGAGGCUUUGGUAAAGGAUCACGGUGUUAAUUCGUUCCUGGUAUACAUGGCCUAUAAGGAUGAAUAUCAGCUUACAGACUCCCAGAUAUAUGAGGUGUUCAGUGUUAUUCGUGACAUGGGGGCUAUUGCACAAGUCCACGCAGAAAAUGGUGAUGUCAUUGCAGAGGAGCAACAAAGGGUCCUUGAACAAGGAAUCGGUGGUCCGGAAGGACAUGUUUUGAGCCGACCAGAAGAAGUGGAAGCAGAAGCCGUUAAUCGCUCAAUCACCAUUGCUAACCAGACCAACUGUCCACUCUACGUUACCAAAGUAAUGAGCAAGAGUUCCGCUGAGGUCAUCGCCCAGACAAGGAAGAAAGGUGCUGUUGUCUAUGGUGAGCCAAUUACAGCCAGUUUAGGCACAGACGGAACCCAUUACUGGAGCAAAAACUGGGCGAAGGCAGCAGCCUUUGUUACAUCACCACCCUUGAACCCAGAUCCCACUACCCCAGAUUUUCUGAACUCUCUGCUGUCCUGCGGUGAUUUACAGGUUAGCGGUAGCGCACACUGCACCUUUACCACGGCUCAGAAGGCUGUUGGAAAAGACAAUUUCAUACUAAUUCCUGAGGGAACCAAUGGAGCAGAAGAGAGAAUGAGUGUUGUUUGGGACCGAGCUGUGGUGACUGGGAAGAUGGAUGAGAACCAGUUUGUUGCAGUCACCAGCACUAAUGCUGCCAAAAUCUUCAAUCUGUACCCAAGAAAAGGACGUAUUGCUGUGGGGUCUGAUGCAGAUUUGGUUAUCUGGGACCCAGACAGUGUGAGGACAAUCUCAGGCAAAACACACAACAGUGUUGUGGAGUACAAUAUCUUUGAAGGCAUGGAGUGCCGUGGAAGCCCUCUGGUGGUUAUAAGCCAAGGAAAAAUUGUACUUGAAGAUGGUAAUUUUCAUGCAACUGAAGGAUCCGGACGAUACAUUCCCAGGAAGCCAUUCCCAGACUACGUAUACAAGCGUAUCAAGGCCAGGAGCAGGCUUGCUGAGUUGCGGGGUGUCCCCCGUGGACUUUAUGAUGGUCCUGUCUGUGAAGUUUCUGUGACACCGAAAGCUGUCACACCCGCUUCCUCUGCCAAGACGUCACCAGCCAAACAACCAGCUCAGCCCGUUAGGAACUUGCACCAGUCUGGAUUCAGCCUGUCCGGUGCACAAGUUGAUGACAACAUUCCUCGCCGCACUACUCAACGUAUAGUGGCGCCCCCAGGUGGACGUGCCAACAUCACCAGCCUAGGCUAAACCUAGACUAUUUCUCCUGCCCCAGGAUUCCGUUCCUUUUUCAAGAGAAAUUAUUCCAAAAGGGUGUAUCUGAUUCCUGCCAUUUUAUAUUUCAGUGGAGUCUGGGCAGAAGCCUCUCUAGGAAGUAAAACAGACCAUAUUUUACAUGCGUAUAUUUGAACACAGUGACAUGUUGUUAGUCACAGAUGCAUACAGUCCUAUAUACAUGGAGAGUUGAACGUGUGUAUCUGCUUGUAUGUUAAUGUGUGUAAAUAAAUAUAUAUGUACAUAUAUUAAUAUACACACAUAUGAUCCCCUGAUGCCCUGGACACAUUUCAGAAUCCAAUGCGGUCUGUAUUUCCUAGCGCUCCUCUAUCCCCUCUUUAUAUCCAUAACCUAAUGGCUUUUCCGUUCUUCCUUCAUUUUUCAAAGCAGUGUCUACAGUGCUGUCCUGGAGCAGGUUUUUUUUACAGAAUAGGUACAUCGCAGUUGGGCCACAUAGGAAAUGUUAUAAGUAGAUUAGUAGGAUUAAAUCUUGGAUUUUGGGAGUAUGGUUAAAAGGAAGUAGAUAAAAUAUUACAAGAGGAAGGCACGUGAUUAGGGAGUAGCUUGUGGCUUAAAUAAUAACUGUAUCCAGGUCACGGUAUACUAAUGGUCGAGGUACAUAUUAUUUAGAUGCUAUACAGGUUAUUUAGAAAGUAUAUUUAAUAACAAACAUCACAGAUGGAAAACAAAAAGAUGAAUGUGCUCAGAUUUAAUCUGGAGAAAUUGACUUGGCAGAACACAAUUAGUCACUGGACAAGGUACAUGUUAUUUAGGUGCUAUACAGAUUAUUUAGAUAGUAUAUUUAAUAACAAACAUCACAGAUGAAAAAUAAAUAGAAGAAUGAACUCGGAUUUCAUCUGGAGAAAUUGACUUGGUAUAACACAACUGGUCACUGGUCUUCAUCAACUUUUUAUCUUCGUUAAUAUUCUAACUAUGCCAAUCACACACUAAAAACCUCAGUUUGGGAUAUUCUAUGUCCUUCUAAUUCUGCCUUGUUCUCUAUUGACUGUCUUUAUGUUUAGGAUAACACUUGUUCGAUAUCCCACAAAUAGAUCAGGUAAAUCAGUAAUGCUCCACUUCCAGCAGUAAGGACUUAAUUGAUGGUGUGUAUAAACACUGCUGUUCAGAGGUGUAGGAUUUUUAGAGGGGAUCGCUGUACUCAUAAGUUAGAUGUUCCUUUUAAACCCAUUGUGGGAUUUGUGGUUGUGUUGCUGAGUGCAGGAGAUGUUGUGCUAAUGCUAAUAAAUGUGUAUAGAAAGAAAAUGUGCUCUCUCCGAAGUCUUAAUUAGCAAAGAGAUAAGUCUUGUGUCUUCAACCUGUAAACACUUUGUGUUCUUAUUUCUUAUCACCGGAUCCACUAAUAAACUGUUGUGCUUUCAAA